UGAUAUCGACGAAAACAUAAAUCACAGGUUACUCCACUUAAGUUACCUCCACUUAUACAACCAGCAUCACCAUUUACCACUGCAUUAGUUUCUGCUGCUGUCGUCAUCCGUCAUUCAAUUGAUAUCAUUUCAUAUUAUCUUCCAUGUAGAUCGUACUGUCCAAUCUGGUUUGGAGGAAACGCUAGACGAGGUUCUGUCAUUGCCGACAUUAACUGACACGCCACCAUCAGUGUUCUUCCAUUUCCUAACUUCCAUCGAAAUUAACAAAAAUAGCCCGGAAUUGAUGUCGCUUUCAUAUUGUCUUCCCCGUCUUCUUUAUGUUUAACAUUUUUAAGUUUUCAAAUCUGCUCUAUUAUACAUACAUACUUAUAUAGUAUAGUUUAAUAUUAUAUAUGAUUUUCAGAUUUUAAUUACAUUAUAUUUUAAAUUUGGGUUUAUUAAUUAGAGUUUACUGAUUAGUGUUUAGUGUUUAGUAUUUGAAAGGUGAGGAUGAAAUUAGAAAUAGGUUAAAAUAAGGUUUAGUAUUUUACAUUUUUGUUUAUUGUGUUCUAUUCUAUUAUAUACAUAUAGAAUAGAAAUGCAAAACAAUAUACAUUAUAUUUUUUUUUAUGUUCUAUUCUUAGUGUAACGUAAUAUAUUAUAUAACUAUAUUAUUUUAAUAUGUUUUAUUAUAUUUGUUGAUUUCUAUAGAGUGUUCUAUUUUAUUUUGAAAUAUAGUUUGUAAUUUUCUUAUGUUUUAAAAUCGUUUAUUGUUCUUGAACAUUGAUAAUUUCUACCAAAAAGUCAAAAAUUUGAACUAUCAAAUCUUAAUAGUAUUUGUCUAUAUUAGUUUUCUUUUAAAAAAUUCAUUUUUUAUUAUUCAAAAUUUUGUAGUAUAUUAUUCAUAGAGCUUUUUAAAUAGGUGUGUUCUUAUUAUGGCCACAUGUUAUAGAUUUAUCAACGUCAUCAGUUAUUUUCACUUUUAUCGUCUACUGGGUGUUUUUCUACACCGAGUACAGAAAUAAAAUUUUAUAGUUUAAAUCAUAUUUAAAGAUAAUAGAGUUUAUUAUCUGCUUACAAUUUAAUUUUAAUUCUUAAUAUAAAUUUAUGUAAAAAUUAAGAUAAAAUAACUUAUAUUUAAAUUUAUAUCUAAUAAUAUAUAUUUUAUAUUUAAAAUUAUAAUUUUGGAAAAUCAUUUUAUCUAUUCUUUUGAUUAAAAUAUAUAAAAUAAAACUCUAAAAAAUUAAUAAAAAAAUUCUGUUAGGUAUAUAAUUAUCAAAAAGUAAAACUAAAUAAUAUUUAAAAAAAUUUAAAUAUAAAAAGAAACUAAGAGUAUUGGGAUAAGAAUAUUACCAUGUUUUAAGAACUCCAUAAAAUUUUGAAGAAUUUUUUUAGUUAUAAAAAUUUAGAUAAUUAUAAAAAAUAGAAUUAAGUAAUAUUUGAAAAUUAUAAAUUAUUAUUAUAUUUCAAUUUCUAUUAUUAUAUUCUUUAUUUUAUAUUAAUGAUGAUAUAUGAGUUAUUACCAUCUUUAAAAAACGUUGCCAAAAUAUAAAUCUACUUAAGGGUACAUGUCAAUUAGAUCAAUGUCAUGUCAUAUUUUAUACUAAGCCAUGUCAUUAUUAUUUUUUCAAAACUACACAUGACAAAUCGCUUUUUAAAUAAUGUGUAACAGAUUUUCUACAUACAAAGUUAUAACCAGAUAAAAAAGAUGUUAAAUGUUUUUUAUAAUUAAAUCUUGUCAAAAUCAUAGAUAUAUAUUUUUAUUUCCUAUUUGGCUACUCUCAGCAAAUUAACCCUUUUUCAUACGUCAAUAAAAUCAUUUAGGCAAAAAAAUAAACUUUAAAGCCUCGGUUUGGUCUUUAAAAAAAAAGCCUCGGUUUUGGUCUAUCUAUUUCACGCACGAACGAAAAGAUGAAUCCACGCAAUUAAAAAAAAAAAAAGGAAGCGAACUCGAUAAAAUAACAAAGAAAAAAAACAAAAAUCCCUUUAGGGCAGAAAGAGAAGAAGUACUUCUGCAAGAAUCAAUCGCUUCUACUGGUGUCAAAGAAGAUGGGGUCAGAAUCAGAUCAAUGCUCUUCCAGAUUCAAUACCAUGGAGGUCAAAUCUCUCAUUUACCAAAAAAUCGGACACUCGAGAGCUAACAGUUACUUCCACCACCUUGGUAACUUCCUCACCUCGAGGAUAAGCAAGUCCGAGUUCGACAAGCUUUGUAUCAAGACCAUCGGUAGAGAACACGUCCCUCUUCACAACCGUUUGCUACGUUCCAUCCUCAAGAACGCAACCGUUGCUAACUCUCCUCCACCACCAAGAUUUCUCAAGAAAUCUGAUUCUGCAUUCCCUCGAAAGUGCAGGUCGAGGAAGUUUAGAGACAGGCCGAGUCCGCUUGGUCCGCUCGGGAAGCCUCAAAGCAUCACCACGACUAAUGACGAGUCCUUGUCCAAGGCACAGAGACUUCCAAUGGAAGAAGGAGAAGAGGUUGAACAGAGUGUAGAGAGCCGAAGAAGCCCCUUGACCGCGCUGACGGCGCCGCUUGGUGUUUCCAUGACCGGAGCAAGAAAGUUUGUUUGCAGAAAGGGUGAGACUUGUCAAAACAGCGGCGAGCUUCCUGAUGCAAUGACCUUGAAGAGUAGGCUAGAGAAGAAACUGGAGAUGGAAGGGGUAACGUUGUCAAUAGACUCUGCUGAUGUUUUGAAUAGCGGGUUGGAUGCGUUUAUCACAAGGCUGAUAAAGCCUUGUUUGAGUUUGGUCGGACAAAAACGAGUUUCGAUGUCGGAUUUGCGCGCUGCAAUGGAGUUGAAUCCAAGGGUUCUUGGAGAGGAUUGGGCUAUACAUCUAGAGAAAAUCUGUUCUCGUGCUUCUGAUGAGGAGUAAAGUUGUAGAAAAAAAACAUUUGAAACUGUUAAUGAUAUUUGAUUGAUCGAUUCUUUUCCUGGAUGGGAAUUGCGAGUAGAGUCUUCUUGAGGAAGCUUUGAAGGAGGCUUCAGGUUGUACAAUAGGUUUAUAUAUAAUAGAUAGAUAUAAGUUUAAAUCACCAUUUGUUUAGAAGGAUAUCUUUACUUUCUUUUUCUGUAUUUCUUUCUCCUUGCGUCUCUCAAUGUAUCAAAUUUUCAAUUAAAGAAAAAGAAACUUUUAACAUC